UUAUAUACUGUAGUGAUUUCCAUCACAUCAAUACUAUUUUUCAAAUGAAAUGCAAUACCAGAGAACUUGCUCUUUUGAGCGAUCAACCGUGUGUUAUCGAAGGAAGAUUAAAUUACAAAAAAGUUUACAAUGGAAGCUACAGAAAUCCUGCAGCAUUCAAAGAGAGAUGGUUUCGGCUGAUUAAAAAUUACUUGUUCUAUUUUAAAAUAAGUGAAAUGGGAAAAUUUGAUACUAAGAAUCCAGCAGGUGUAUUUGUCAUGGAAAAUUCUUCUAUACAAAUGGAGCACGGCCAAAGCAUAUCUUUCUCAUUCUCUAUAUCAUUCAUUGAUGAACCUGAAAAAAGGCAUAUAUUUGCUGCCCGGUGUGAAGACAAUGUUGUUCAGUGGGUUAUGAAGCUUCGGCAGUGUACAUACGAAUACCUGAGAAACCAACUGCAUACAUUACAGUCAAAAAUAUACUCCAUCACUGGCAAGGAUCCGCUAUUGAUGGUACCAAGAAAUGAUGGAGCAUGCUUGUGGGCUCCCUCAGUUCCAUUUUCGACUACUGCUGCCUGCUCUGUCAACACAAGUUCCUUUGUCUGCCAUCUUCACACCAAUGGUGCAUUCACUCUUGAACGAAGCAAGUCAGACGCCCAAGCAUACCAACACUUACGGGGUGAACAGAAAAGCAGCACGUCAUUCUAUGUUGAAAAAAACACAAGUGAUGAGGCAAAUGACGUUAAAAACUACUCCCUAGAGAAAAGCCAAACAGCUGCAUUAUUUAAUACUAGUCUUAAUACAGUGAAUAUGUCCAUAUUUGACAAUAGGCCUCAAUACUCUAGAGCAGCACCGAGCCCCCCCGUUCGGAAUAAGUUGUCGCCAAGAUUUAGGAGAGGAGAGGUGAGUGAAGAUCACAAGGUAUUUACAGAUCAAGGAAAAUUUCUUGGACAAGAGAGUAUUUUAGGUGCAGUCCCAAUUCCGCCUAGGAGGAAAGUUUCACCUAAACAAUGCAAUGUAGGCAAAGAGUCUAAUGGUCCAGAGAGUACCAAAGACGGGGAAGUGGAAAAUCAAACUGAAGAUCUUAUAAAGUUUUAGUUUUUAUAUUCAAUUUAUUUACCCACCAAGAUUUAUUUAUAAUAGAUGUGCUAGUCUUUAUAGAUAUAAUAAAAUACUAAAGGUCCAUGCAGUAGGUAUUUGUUAGUAACUUCAGAUUACCCAAAAUAUGACAAACAUUUUAUUAAG